UCCACUAGAGGUUCGGACCGGCAGGCGGAACCUUUCUGUCGCGCCUCCAAUUACCAUGCGAGGCGGGGACGGUUUAGGCCUCCGCGCAUCGCUCUUCACGCGUGCUGCAGUUUGCUUGGGGCAGCGAAGGCGGGCGUGAGGGUUUUGUCUGCUUUUCUUUCGCCGUGAGCAGCAUGGACGUGCUAGGGGAAGAGUUUGGCAACCUGACCCCGGAGCAGCUGGUUGCUCCGAUCCCGACCGUGGAGGAAAAAUGGAGGCUGCUUCCAGCAUUUUUAAAGGUGAAAGGCCUUGUGAAACAGCAUAUAGAUUCAUUUAACUAUUUCAUUAAUGUAGAGAUAAAGAAGAUAAUGAAAGCAAAUGAAAAGGUUACAAGUGAUGCUGACCCCAUGUGGUACCUAAAAUAUCUUAAUAUCUAUGUUGGGCUUCCUGAUGUUGAAGAAAGCUUCAAUGUAACCAGACCAGUGUCCCCCCAUGAGUGCCGCUUGAGGGACAUGACAUACUCUGCCCCCAUUACAGUGGACAUCGAGUAUACCCGUGGCAGCCAGAGGAUCAUCCGUAAUGCCUUACCCAUUGGCAGAAUGCCCAUAAUGCUACGUAGUUCAAACUGUGUUCUUACAGGAAAAACACCUGCCGAGUUUGCCAAACUGAAUGAAUGUCCUUUAGAUCCAGGUGGCUACUUCAUUGUUAAAGGAGUAGAGAAAGUUAUUCUUAUACAAGAGCAGCUGUCUAAGAACAGGAUCAUUGUGGAGGCGGACAGGAAAGGGGCAGUUGGUGCGUCAGUUACCAGCUCUACUCAUGAGAAAAAAAGCAGAACCAAUAUGGCUGUGAAGCAAGGACGAUUUUAUUUGAGGCAUAAUACUUUGUCAGAAGAUAUACCCAUUGUAAUCAUAUUUAAGGCCAUGGGUGUUGAGAGUGACCAGGAAAUUGUGCAAAUGAUUGGAACAGAGGAGCACGUGAUGGCUGCAUUUGGGCCUAGUUUGGAAGAGUGCCAGAAAGCUCAUAUUUUCACACAGAUGCAGGCAUUAAAAUAUAUAGGGAACAAAGUAAGAAGACAAAGGAUGUGGGGAGGUGGACCAAAGAAAACUAAAAUAGAAGAAGCAAGAGAGCUCCUGGCAUCUACUAUUCUGACCCAUGUACCAGUUAAGGAAUUCAAUUUCCGAGCCAAAUGUAUCUAUACGGCAGUGAUGGUGCGAAGAGUGAUUCUGGCCCAAGGAGAUAAUAAAGUUGAUGACAGAGACUAUUAUGGUAACAAACGAUUGGAAUUGGCAGGACAGCUUUUAUCUCUUCUUUUUGAAGAUUUGUUCAAAAAAUUUAAUUCUGAAAUGAAGAAGAUUGCAGACCAGGUGAUUCCUAAGCAAAGAGCAGCCCAGUUUGAUGUCGUGAAACACAUGCGUCAAGACCAGAUUACCAAUGGCAUGGUGAAUGCCAUUUCUACUGGAAAUUGGUCCCUAAAGAGAUUUAAAAUGGACCGCCAGGGUGUGACUCAAGUGCUGUCUCGCUUGUCAUAUAUAUCCGCACUGGGCAUGAUGACAAGAAUCUCUUCCCAAUUUGAAAAAACAAGAAAAGUGAGCGGUCCUCGGUCCCUCCAACCAUCUCAGUGGGGAAUGCUCUGUCCCUCAGACACUCCUGAAGGAGAGGCUUGUGGUUUGGUUAAAAACUUGGCCCUUAUGACACACAUUACCACUGACAUGGAAGAUGGGCCCAUCGUUAAAUUAGCUAGUAACCUGGGAGUAGAAGAUGUGAAUUUGUUAUGUGGAGAAGAGCUCUCUUACCCAAAUGUAUUCCUUGUCUUCCUCAAUGGUAACAUCCUGGGCGUCAUUCGAGACCAUAAGAAACUAGUGAAUACAUUUCGAUUGAUGCGAAGAGCAGGUUAUAUCAAUGAAUUUGUUUCCAUCUCAACAAAUCUUACAGAUCGAUGUGUCUAUAUUUCCUCUGAUGGAGGAAGGCUUUGCAGACCCUACAUAAUUGUUAAGAAACAGAAGCCUGCAGUAACAAAUAAGCAUAUGGAAGAGCUGGCUCAGGGAUACAGGAAUUUUGAAGAUUUCUUACAUGAGAGCCUGGUUGAAUAUUUAGACGUGAAUGAAGAAAAUGACUGUAACAUUGCACUCUAUGAACAUACAAUUAAUAAAGAUACCACCCAUUUGGAGAUUGAACCCUUCACUCUUCUCGGCGUUUGUGCUGGCCUGAUUCCAUACCCUCAUCAUAACCAGUCCCCAAGAAACACGUAUCAGUGUGCCAUGGGGAAACAAGCCAUGGGUACCAUUGGAUACAACCAGCGGAACAGAAUUGAUACUCUCAUGUAUCUUCUGGCAUAUCCACAAAAACCUAUGGUUAAAACAAAAACCAUUGAGUUGAUAGAAUUUGAGAAACUGCCAGCUGGACAGAAUGCAACAGUUGCAGUGAUGAGUUAUAGUGGCUAUGAUAUUGAAGACGCUCUUGUUUUAAACAAGGCCUCCUUAGACAGAGGCUUUGGACGUUGCCUUGUUUAUAAAAAUGCUAAAUGUACCUUGAAACGAUACACCAAUCAGACUUUUGAUAAAGUGAUGGGGCCCAUGUUGGAUGCUGCUACGAGGAAACCCAUCUGGCGACAUGAAAUUUUAGAUGCAGAUGGUAUUUGUUCUCCAGGUGAGAAAGUAGAAAACAAACAAGUGCUUGUAAAUAAGUCCAUGCCCACAGUGACUCAGAUUCCUUUGGAAGGAAGUAAUGUGCCACAACAACCACAGUACAAAGAUGUGCCCAUUACCUACAAAGGGGCAACAGAUUCAUACAUUGAAAAAGUGAUGAUAUCUUCAAAUGCCGAAGAUGCUUUUCUGAUCAAAAUGUUGCUGAGACAGACAAGGCGUCCAGAGAUUGGAGACAAAUUUAGCAGUCGUCACGGGCAAAAAGGUGUUUGUGGAUUGAUCGUCCCUCAAGAAGACAUGCCAUUUUGUGAUUCUGGCAUCUGUCCGGACAUCAUAAUGAACCCACACGGCUUCCCAUCGCGCAUGACGGUGGGAAAGUUGAUUGAACUGCUAGCUGGCAAGGCUGGCGUGUUAGAUGGCAGAUUCCACUAUGGCACUGCAUUUGGAGGGAGUAAAGUGAAGGAUGUGUGUGAAGACCUUGUUCGCCAUGGCUAUAACUACUUAGGGAAAGACUAUGUCACAUCUGGCAUCACAGGUGAGCCCUUAGAAGCAUACAUCUAUUUUGGCCCUGUAUACUAUCAGAAACUGAAACACAUGGUGCUGGAUAAGAUGCAUGCCCGGGCCCGGGGACCACGGGCUGUCCUGACCAGGCAGCCCACUGAAGGUCGAUCUCGUGAUGGUGGUUUGCGUCUUGGAGAAAUGGAACGUGACUGUUUAAUCGGUUAUGGAGCCAGCAUGCUUUUGCUAGAGAGACUGAUGAUUUCAAGUGAUGCCUUUGAGGUUGAUGUAUGUGGGCAAUGUGGACUUCUGGGGUAUUCUGGCUGGUGCCAUUACUGCAAAUCCUCGUGCCACGUGUCUUCCCUCCGCAUCCCGUAUGCCUGCAAGCUGCUCUUCCAGGAACUGCAGUCUAUGAACAUUAUCCCCAGAUUAAAACUAUCCAAGUACAAUGAAUAAAGCUGGAAACAUUGAUUAUUUAAAGAGAAUAAGCAAUAUGACUAACUCAAAGGAAAGCUUAGGAGGGAUUGAGGACUCCUUCCAUCCCGUGAAUAAUUUCUUUGCAUGUUCUCUCUCAACGCCUGAUGUAGAAGGAUUUUAUGCACUAGACUACUGACUGAAACAACCUUGACAGAUGCUCAGGAGAGAUGCCAACAGCAUGAACUGUAUUGCAGUCACCUAUGUAUAUACUGGAUUUGAUUCACAAAUGGAAAUCACCUAAAAGAUAAAUAAACUUCUUUUUACGUUCUGGUAUCUCGACACUUAUUAGUAAAGACUUACUCCUAAAAAAGAAUGUUUGGGGUUAAAUUCUCCAUGGUAUCUACUGAUGAAAGAAACUCAAGAUUUUUGUGAACCUUGAAGGAUAUGAAGAAUCUUGUUUGAAUUGGUUAACAUCACCUUUGUUGAGAUGGAUGAUUCUGAGCAACAUGUGAAAGAAAGAAUGCACAAAGCCAAGAUAUUAGCUGAUAAAGCGAUGCCUUUCUCUUGUGGUAGUCUGAGAGAAUACAUUUUCCAAACGGUUGAAUCUGGCCCUUACGCAUCCAUACUUUUCCAUUCUAAUCUUGAAAUAUGAUAAAUAUAUUUCUCCCAUCUUAAGCAGGUUUACCAAGGAUAUCACCCGUUUUAAUGGACUUAAUUGCUACUAUUUUGAAUUUUGUAGUUGUACCAUGCAAUAAUAUUUGUUGAAUGUCUCUGUAUAUGACUCGAUGGAUACAUUGUAAUUUUUCUGUCCCUUCCAUUCCUGCUAGGAUGUUGACCAUCCAUUUUCUUUUAUCUGACAGUCUUUCUUACUCAUUUCUAAUUUCUUCUUAAAAUUAAUCAGAAAUCUUUGAGUGAUGGUCUAAGACUACAUUCUCCAGUCUGCCACAUUGGAUACUAGUUCCACAGUAUAUUAGUUGUUGUUAUACACUAAGAAGAAUCAAAUUCCAGUGUCAAAGAAGUGUGAGAACAUGGGUGAAACAAAGUUAAACAUACCACAGGACUUUUUCAAAGCCUUAACCAAGCUAAUGUGAUUGCAUCUCUGCCAUAGAGGGAUCUUCCAGGGAGCCAGAUUAGUCAUUGAUGAGAACCCAACCCCUCCAUCCCUUCAUUUUUUUUGUGGGACACUGCCGGGGAGCAGGCUCUGCAGCUCUGGUCACUGGCAGGAUCCGAUGGGUGUUACAAUGGCUGAGUGUCUCAGUGCCUGGAUCUCCGGCGAUGCCCUUUGUUCCUGCUGUAGUCUGACUUGGUAGUUCUCAGAAUGUAUUGAUGCAUAAAGAUUAUUCCACUGGAUUGAAAGUGGAAAACAUAUAUACUCUACUUGGCGGACUAUUUAAGGAAUUUUCUAGGGUGAUUUGGAUUAUUUCAUGUUAUGUGACAACAACUCUUAGCUCCAUCAAAGAGGCACACCAUUUCCAUCAACACUCAGAGGGUCCACUUACAAGGGAAAGACAGUGUGCUGGGUUCCGUCAUGAGUGCUCCAUCAUUUAUCCUUCAGUCCUGUUGUGAGACACCAUAUUAAGGAUAAAAGAGCAGGACACAGCCUUUGCCUGAAGGAGCCCGCAUUGGAAUGGAGGAGGCAGAGAUGCAGCUAGGAAGAUUUGGAAAGACUUCCCAAGCUUUGUUCCCUUGGUAACAGUUGAAGACACGGAGGCACUGAGUGGUUAAGUGGCUCCCCAAGACCACACCUCUAACAAGGGCGCAGCGUGGGCUUUGAGUCCAGGCUCUCUGAGUUAGAUUACACCAGAAGUACAACCUUUUCUUCUUCAAGCACCAUUGGUCAGAUUUCUUAUAGAUAAACAUUGUAUUUUGAGAAUCAUUCCAGGCAAUUCUGAGCAUUUUGAAAGGAGUCAUCUCUAACGUUCUAGAAAAUUCUGUGUUCUCUCAGUUUACAAGAUCUAGAAAGUAUGGGUUCCAAAUUGAAACGUGUUUAGGGGAAAAAAGUGGCAUGGUCAUAAAACUAGCAGAUACCACAUUUGAAUUGCUAUUUGAGAUAUACUUAAAACAUGCCAGAAUUGGUUAGUCCUAUUAAAGUUUUAUUUCUAAAAGUUAUUUGUAAGCUCCCUGUUUUAAAAACUGCCAAGUAGAUUUCCAUUUCCAGUAAUGAUAGAGUAACUUUUCACAGGCCACCCUCGAAGGACUUUUUCCCUCAAGCCCUUUGCCAGGUCAGAAGUGGUACAGGAACAAGAGACCAAAAAGCCACGUCAAAGCCACUGAAAGGCUGCCAGCCUGACCUGGGCUUUUUGGCAGAAUCAAAGAUCUGGGGAGACAAAAUGUGGGCUCAGAGUUGCCAAGACACCAGGACUGGAGAGGCCAAGAUCCCACAUAGAAGAGAAGCUCAUUGAGGCAAGCCCAGCUUUCUCCACCACUUUUCCCCUUGAAACAUUUGCCAGUUCAUAACAGAGCGGGCCAAACUUCGCAGUAUCUACUAAAGCUCAACAUAACAUGCACUAUAUCCCAGCAAUUCCUUUCCUAGAUAUAUGCCCUACAGAAGUGUGUAUGUGUGUAUUAUCAAUAGAUGUGUGCAAAAAUGUUUAUAGCAGCAUUAUUUGUAAUAGCCCCAGUUGUAAAUAACCCAUGCUAAUUAACAGUAGAACAAAUUGUGAUAUGUUCAUACAGCAGAGUGCUAAACAGUAAUGAAAAUGAACUGCUGCAUAGAUAAUAGAUAAUCUCAUAAUUAUAAUACUGGACAAAUAAAGGUUAAACACAAAAUGAUA